GCGUACUCUCUCCUUGCCAGGCUGGAUUUAAAGGGCCAGUUUCCCUGCAACCUGGCUUUUAAAAAAUCGCUUCUUUGUCGUCGCUAUCUGAGGUUGGGGCUCGGUAGCUUAAUAUGGGACAGUGGUGGCGGCGGCGGCAGCUGCUGCUGUUUUGCUUCCUCCUGCUUGCAUUGAGGAGCUGUUCUGGGAAGCAAAAGAAAAAAGAAGAGGAGGAGGAGGAGCACCUACCCAGCAAAUGCGAAGUCUGUAAAAUACUGAGCUUGGAGCUUCAGGGGGAGCUGAAUCGGAGCAGCCGGUCUCGAGAGUUGCUAGAACUAGGGCAGGUGCUAGACACUGGCAAGAGGAAAAGACAAGUCCCCUAUAGCACUUCGGAGGUUAGGCUGGAGGAGGCCCUUGAGAACCUGUGUGAACAGAUUCUGGAUUACAGCGUCCAUGCUGAGCACAAGGGCUCCCUAAGAUAUGCCAAGGGUCAGAGUGAGACCAUGGCGACCCUGAAAGGCCUGGUACAGAAGGGAGUGAAGGUGGAUCUGGGAAUCCCUUUGGAACUGUGGGAUGAACCCAGUGUGGAGGUUGCAUUCCUCAAGAAGCAGUGUGAGCUGAUGUUGGAGAGCUUUGAAGAUGUCAUCGAAGACUGGUACUUCCACCACCAGGAGUUGCCCCUGCAACAGUUCCUCUGUGAAGGGCACGUGCUUGGGAAGGAGGAGAUGGAUUGUCUUCAGGAAACCUGGACUGAGGAAUCGAGAGAACAGAAUGAAAAAGGCUUAGAAGAGAGCCUAGGGCACCACGCCCAUGAUGCUGCAGACCUCUGACCAGAAUCAGGACCAAUAUCAACUCCUAUUUUUCUAGAUCACUAUUAAAGUUUGUUUCUAUAUAUGUAUAUGUCA